AUGUCGCAUCGAUAUCCACGGCGACUCUCCUUAACUGAUAGGCUCUGUGUUGGGGCGCAUCAUCUCGAGACAGGCCCUGCAGAUACACCCUCCACAGAUGCUUCUGGACACCACUUCUGCCACUACACCCCAAAAUGUUUUUUUGGUGUCCAUAGAGGGGGGCAUGUCACCUCAGCCCGGUCUUCUCCACCACGCAAUGGAGAAGAGGGAUGGCAUGAAUGCACCACAAGGACUACAAUCAGAGUUGACAAUGAGGUGGAGGCACACAGGGAGGCCAACAACUACAAGUUUGGUUUCAGAAAAUGGAAGGCCAGUGUAACGGAGAAGCCCAUUGAAGACCAAUCGGAGAUCAUGAAAGAGCUGCACUCUGACCUUAGCAUUGUUAAGGCUCAAGAACGCCUGGGUUCAGUGGUAACCUUUGGGAAUGUGUGCUAUGUAUUUUUAUUUGGUUGGUGGAUAGCGUUAAUCUACAUCCUCAUUUCUGCUGUCAUGUUUCUGACAGUGGCAGGUGCUGCUUAUGGAAAAGUUUGUGUCGCAUUGGCAUGGUACUUUAUUUGGCCAUUUGGGAAGUGUAUUGAGAAGGUUGAUAAUGUACUUAAUAGAUUCUCUGUGAACCCUCCAAACUGUGAGGUUAUUCCUCAUGAGACGGACAGUGAGGACCUUGUCGUGAACAAAGACUCUGCAUCCCUAGUGUCUUCACCCCCAACUAUCCAGAUCCCUGUCCCAGAACUGCCACCAAAGAAUACUUCAAAGCACUGGUGUCGUGUCAGCACUUGCAUUUGGUUGUUACUUGGCUACCCUGUCCUGGCUGUCAUGCACUGCCUCGCCUGUGUGCUGUCCUGGCUGCUGGUCUUCACCAUCCCAGUAGCAAAAAUCAACGCUCGUAUACUAACCGGCGUCCUUCUCAUGGCACCAGAGGACCUUCACAUCCACACACUGGAAAAGGACAAGGCAUGUGGAACCAGAGUCCUCUUAUGCUGUUAUCAAGCUUUCAAUAUGCAUUACUACAAAUACACAGUCCACGGUAUCAACAUUUUCGCCCUCAACCUGCUUCCGUUGGUAUUUAUCACUUUGAUCAUUGGUUACGCUGACAAAGAAAACAAUUACUUCAGAGCCGAGACAAAGUUUGCUACAGCCAUGAUUUCCAUUAUUCCCCUGUCUUAUUAUAUUGGCAUGGGAAUAGCCAGCAUUUCUGCACAGUGUAACUUCGCAGUGGGAGCAGUGGUGAACGCAACUUUUGGCUCCAUCACAGAGUUGACAUUCUACAUCACGGCAUUGCUUCAGGGGCAUCGUGCUGCCACCAAAUGUUAUGAAGAAGUUGUCAAAGCUGCGUUAACUGGCACCCUUCUUGGAUGCAUACUGUUCAUACCAGGUAUAUGUAUGAUCAUUGGGGGUAUUAAACACCAGGAGCAACGAUUUAACAGCCGUUCAGCUGGAGUGAGCUCAGCUUUGCUCUUCAUAUCCAUUGGAGGUGUGUUUGCACCUACCCUGUUUUCAAAGACCUUUGGUAAUCUGAUGUGUGAAAGUUGCAGCGAUGUUCCCGGCAAUGCCACUGUGUCCUUCAUCUGUAAAAACUGUCACUAUGACACGAGUCAAAGUCAGCCCCAUUUAAUUCUGUCCCAUAUUGAGCCUCUUAUGUACACAAUUUCUGUCCUUCUGCCUGCUGCAUACCUAAUUGGCCUCAUCUUCACACUGAAGACCCAUUCGCACAUCUAUGAUAUCCAUAUCAGCGAUGGUCACGGGGGCCAUGCACACGGUCACCAUGUUGUCCACUGGUCCCGGUGGAGGGCUCUUGGAGUGCUGAUUGUUGCCACGGUGCUGAUGGCUUGCUGUGCUGACCUCUGCACUGAAAACAUUAAGCCCUUUCUGACCCAUUCCUCCAUCUCCCAGUACUUCAUUGGGGUCACGGUGUUGGCCAUGGUGCCAGAGCUUCCUGAGAUUGUCAAUGGGAUUCUUUUUGCACUGCAAAACAAUAUCAGUCUCAGCCUUGAAGUGGGAAGUUGCAUUGCUGUGCAGGUCUGCAUGAUCCAGAUUCCUCUGCUCAUCCUCUUCAAUGCAUUCUAUGAUGUUGGCUUUAUGCUUGUGUUCAGCGAUAUUCAUCUUUGGGCUAGCAUCUUUAGUGUAAUUGUGGUCAAUUACAUCUUCAUGGAUGGGAAAUGUGACUACUUUCAAGGCACGGCUCUAGUGGUGGUCUACCUCAUCCUUCUGGCCCUUUACUUCUUUGCUCCUUCUCCACACUCGUGUUAA